CUCGAAAAGUUGUCAGUGGGUGAGUGAGGGCGAGGAGUGCGUUAAAUUGCUGGCUGGAUUGUCAAAUUUUUUAGGACAGGAAGUAGACGUGUGGGGUAACGUGGAAGAAAAAAGAGAAAGCGUAUCUCACUUAAAACAAAAGAGUCAGAGACGUAGUCAGUUGGUAAUAAGAAGAAGAGACAUGGGGAACCGUGUGGCUCGAGACGAUUAUGAGUGGGUUUACAGUGACCAGCCGCACGCCGACAGGAGGAAAGAGAUUCUGGCUAAAUAUCCUGAAAUAAAAUCUCUAAUGAGCCCUGAUCCCAGGUUAAAAUGGAUAGUCUGCAUGAUGGUUGCAGUGCAGUUUUUAGCUUUUUACUUGGUAAAGGAUCUGGACUGGAAGUGGGUUCUGUUUUGGACUUACGCCUUUGGCAGCUGUGUGAACCAUUCCAUGACGCUGGCCAUUCACGAGAUCUCCCACAACUCUGCGUUCGGCAACACCCGGGCCCUGUGGAACCGCUGGUUUGCCAUCUUCGCCAACCUGCCCAUUGGCCUGCCCUACUCGGCCUCCUUCAAGCGGUACCACCUGGAUCAUCACCGCUACCUGGGCGGGGACGGCAUCGAUGUCGACAUUCCCACUGAAUUCGAGGGCUGGUUCUUUUGUACGCGCUUCCGCAAGUUCAUCUGGAUCAUCCUGCAGCCUCUGUUCUACGCUGUGAGGCCACUCGUCAUCAACCCCAAGCCAAUCAGCCGGCUAGAGAUCAUCAACCUGGUGAUCCAGUUAUCUUUCAACGUUGGGCUCUACUAUCUGUGGGGGGCCAAGCCACUGGUCUACAUGAUGGCCGGCUCGUUGCUUGGCAUGGGGCUGCACCCCAUAUCCGGCCACUUCAUUGCAGAGCAUUACAUGUUCUUAAAGGGACACGAGACCUACUCGUACUACGGCUCGCUUAACCUGCUCACCUUCAACGUGGGGUACCACAACGAGCACCACGACUUCCCCAGUGUUCCUGGCAGGAGGCUGCCCCUGGUAAAGAAAAUUGCUGCAGAGUACUAUGACGACUUGCCUCAGUACACAUCGUGGGUGAAAGUGUUGUAUGAUUUUAUUAUGGACGACUCGCUGAGUCCCUACUCCCGUGUCAAGAGAAAGCUGAAGGGUGAGGUGAAACAGGAAUGAACCCUUCCUGCCAGAUCGGCGAACUGCUUAAAUUAUCAGAAUUAUCUAAUGGCCUGCACAGGGUUCAAAACCACACUGUUGUUGUCGCAUGUUUGCGUGCAUCUCAUUUACCAAGAACAACUAAAGGUAUCUUAUUAAAAACUGAGCUAGUUACAGUCCCGGUGGUGACUUGUGUGUGUGUUUUUAAUUAUUUUUUAUUGAAUAUGCGUUCAUUAACAAGCUCUUGCUUACUUGCCCAAAUGACUUGUGAAUGGUGGGAGCCCCUCUGGCUAAAUUUCAGUCAAUAUGUAUAAAGUUAUAAGGCAUUGUAAUAUCCCACAACACAUUUAUAUAUUUCGUAGAAAUUGGAAAGCACAUAGUAGCCUAUUUAUAAACUUGACUGACUUGCCUUUUUUUUGUUUGUUUUUUUCUUUAUAUUUUAUACUUGUAUAUUUUACCAUACUAGCAGGGCUGGCCUGUUUCUGCUUGCCAGCCCAGCUAACACUAUCUAAAUAGGAGUCCUUUAUCAGGGCUGUAUGUCCAGAUUACCUCCUUUUAUUCAAUAAGUGAUCAAAUCACCAUCUCUAUUGUAAUGCAACAAAAUACAUUUUUGAAACUGGAGUUUGCUUUGUGGUUUAAUGGUCAAAUUGUUUAAUACAUUCUUUAUCUCUGAACUGAUUUGCAACAUGGCACUACUGUAUGUAACUGCUACCAAGUACAUUAUAGUACAGUACUCUGUUCUGUUUACAUAGCGUUGAGUUGGAAAUGACCACAUAAUUCCUAAAGGUGUGGAAAAUGACAAGUGUUUUCUUGAGUCGCCCCAAAGGAAAGUGCAAACUAUUGUGUAAAACGUUCAUAUUUACAUUCCUAAUAAAUACCGCUGUAAGUGA